CGUCCAUAUUCCCUCCACCAUGGAAUCUGGUGUGGCGGCGGCGGUGAGUGCUUGAAGUAGUAAGAAACACGGAAUGCGGGAAGGAGUGUUUUUGUCUAUGUAUUCCGGUAAUACGUUUAAUGAUGGAGACGCCUGGGAUCGAGCAGCUGUUUGACUUCCAGAGGUGGCCGAGCGACGCCGGGGUCCCGCCGCUGCUGCUGCUCGCGCUCUACGCGCCACUCGGCCUCGCGCUGCUGCUGCUGCGGCUCGUGAUCGGCGCGCACGUGUUCCUGGUGAGCUGCACGCUGCCGGACUGUCUGCUCCGGAGGUUGUUUGUAAGGUUUAUGUGCUCAGUGCUGGGGAUGCAUGUGAAGCGCAGUCACCGUUGGCCCCCGGACCGAAGCGUCAGGUUGUACACGUGCAAUCACGUGACUCCGUUUGACCACAACAUGAUCAGCCUCCUGACGUCGUGUAGCACUCCCAUGCUGGAGGGCUCUACAGGGUUUAUGUGCUGGGCACGGGGCUUCCUGGAGCUGGAUGCAGUGUCUGGCAAGGCUCACUUGAUGGCUGCGCUCCAGCAGUACUGCUGCAGCGAUGGUCUCCCACCUCUGCUGCUCUUCCCGGAGGAGGAGACCACCAACGGUCGCGCCGGUCUUCUCAGGUUCAGCUCUUGGGCAUUCUCUGUGUCAGACUGUGUUCAGCCUGUCGCCCUUCGUGUGAAGAGACCAUUUCUGCCCCUGAGUGUCGCUGAAUCAUCAUGGGUUACGGAGCUGCUGUGGACUCUGUUCAUCCCGUUCACAGUGUAUCAAGUAAGAUGGCUUCCCCCUAUGACUAGAGAUACCGGAGACUCUCCUCAAGAGUUUGCAGACAAAGUACAGGAGCUCCUGGCUGCUGAAUUGGGCAUGGCCCCCACACGGGUCACCAGGGCAGAUAAAGCAGAAUAUCUGAAAAGGAAGCGGCAUCCUACAGUCUUGGCCACAAACUCCAGUGUGUCCCUGGCUUCCCACCAGCCAGCUCAUCCUGUGGGCCUCCAGGUUCCCAGCUCUGGGCUCCAGGGUGGCCACAUGUCUAAGAUGGCUCAGCAGGUGAAGGAGGUGCUCCCCAGUUUCCCGCUGGCAGUCAUCACACAGGAUCUGGCAUGUACAAACUGUGUGAACACAACUAUCACUAACCUGCUGGAAGAGCACGGAGACACCUGGGGUGAGAGAUCAGAUGAAACCUCUGCAGGGCCAUCCAGAAGCUCCCUAGUCCCCAGAACAAUGCCCCCACCCAGAAUUGAGAGUCAUGCUAACACUUUUGAGAAGUCUCCUGUUGACAGACACCUGUCAUUGCAAGAAAGAAAGGAGGCCUUGUAUGCUUAUGCCAGAAGGUGUUACAUUGAGAAACAUGGACUAAGUGUGGACUGAAUCUGGAGUGCAGUCAGAUGCAAGACACAUUGUUUGGAAAUAGUCAUUGGUGGAAUCAUGGAUGCAGGAGUGAAGAAUGCAGUAUCUGGAGGAAAAGAAUCGUCAGACAAGCUCAUUAAGAUGUUGACCCAAAUGUAGGGUGUCCUGCUAAAGACUUUUUUUUUUUUUUUUUUUUUUUUUUUUUUUUUGCAUGUCAGUCAUGGAUGUGCUUUUUAUUUCCAUCUAAAAACAAGUAUUUUGAUACUUUCAAUGGCUCAAUACAAAUUAAUAUUGUGCAUUUUUAGAAAACUGAAAAGUCAUGGUUGCAGAAAUGUUGGUUUGACUUUUUGAAGUUCAUUUAAAACACAGCGAAUGUUUUGUUAAUGCUGUAAAUGUUCUAAAAUGAGGACUAAGCUGGUUCAUUAAAUUGUAUGGUAUUUAUAAUGCUCACUAUAGCCAGGUUGUAUUAUUGGUUCUCUAACCUGCAAGUUCUUAC